UCGAUAGCGCUUUGAUCAUGCGACUGGAUUUCAUUACAAUUAUUUUUAUUUUUAGCUUUUUCGUCUCAACAAAUGCAGGAAACAAACGGCAGCAAAAAAUUAGGAAAAAUGGCCUCAAGUCCGCUAGAAGGCCAAUGAUUAUCAAAUGCUGCGGUAAAUCUUCGUGUCAGCCGAAGACAUCAAACUCUCGGUCUACUUUCACUCAUAAAAAUUCAACUUCAUCUCUAAAAAAUUUAAAUUCGAAAAAGACCACACCGAUCAAUGCAAACCGCCCAUCAAGUGACGAGAGCUCUACCACUUUUGCAGCCUCAAAUGGAGAAAUCAGCACAGAAUUAAAUGCAAUCGAAACAACCACGACAAUAAAUUUUGAGAUUGCAUCAACUUCCGACACAACAGCUGAUGGUGGGAAAAUGUCUGAAGCAGCUAUGUCAUUCAGCACAAGUAAAACAGACACAACAACCUUCUCAACUCGAACUGAAACAAUCGUAAAUGGUGGGAAAAUGUCUGAAACUGCCACAUCUUCCAGCAAGAGUAAAAUAGACACAACAAUCGUCUCGAGCCAAACUACAACAAAUCCAGGCUCGAAUGUUGCAACUCCAAUGAUCCCAAUAACGACUACCUUGACCACCAUCACGGCUCUGGUUUUGACAAGUACAAUCAAAACGAGCACCCCUCCUCCUCAGAUUAAACUCGUUUUUGAAAGUUUCGAUUCCAUUUUGCAAGUGAAGAAAGACAUGAAUCUUUUUAAUACGGACGGGACUUUAAAAGAUGCUGACAAAUACGGCUCGUGGGUUCAAUCCGGCGGUCUCCAAUUUUUGUUCACAAUGAAUCCGCUUAAUUGGACCGAAAAUUUCGUCAACUGCAGCAAGCUAGGGAUGGCGCCUCUGACUUUUAGUAAACAGAAAUCACUCGAAUGCUUCAAGAACAUGACCUCCGACUGGAAAUUCACUUCCAACUUUUGGACUUCGGCGACGCGCGUCAGUCCCAAGGAUUUUGUUUGGGGCAAAGAAAACGUCACGGUCGACAUGCUCAACGUUCCCUGGGCGUUCAACCAGCCGGACAUUCAGAACAAGAACCAGAAUUGCUUGCAAAUGAAUGUGGUCAAAGGCAAUGCGACGAUCCAAUUCUCUGCCAGCGUCUGCUCCGAUUCGUACUUUUUUUCGUGUCAAGGUCCACCAAUGCCAACCAAAGCACCGAAAUGCUCUUUUCCCAUCUGCCCGAAUAUUACGUGCACGAAAAACCCAAAAUAUUUCAAGACUUCGUCUUCUGGGGCGCAGUUUUUGGACAAAGCUUAUCAGUACGGUGGCUGGAUAUCGUCCAAGGGCCGAGUCUACAUGUUUAGCAAGCCGGAAGAUCUGCAGACAUUUCAAGGUGCAAUGGUCAAAUGUUGCGAGCUUGGGAUGACGUUGCUGAGUCUUGCGUAUAAUUACAAAUACCAAGCUUUGUUAAGCGCGUACAAAGGAAGGUCGUUCUUCGAAGAGUAUUACUGGACCUCAGGUUCUAAUAAAGGUUGCGAGGAUACCUUUGGGUUUUGCAGCGACAAGCGUCUCCUCGGGGACAAUUCGAGUUGGUUGUUGGGACAGCCGGACAACGCAGGUGGCAACGAGAGCGGCAUCGCAAUUUUUAUCAACUCAUCUUCCAACAUCUUCCUUGUUGACCUGAACGAGGAGACAAAGUUGCGGUACAUCUGCGAAGCGCGAAACAAUUCAAAUGCCAAGACCGGCGGCACCGCAAUUAGUGACGAAUGCGCCAAUAUUUUCAACGUCAGUCAAACUGAAGUGGAUUUAUUGUUGAAGAACGACACGGUUCAGUUUGAUCUGCGGAUCAAGUGCUAUUUGAAAUGCGUUGGAGAAAACGUGGGUUUGUUGGUCGAUGGCCAACUCGUGCAGGCUGAUUUGGUAAAAGCACUGGAGGAUUUGGUCAAAGGCAAUUGGACCAAGCUGAAGCGGUAUCUAUUUGUUAUCGACAACUGCUGGGCCUCGGGAAGCGACAUGUCGGGCGAAUGCGACCAGGCAGCACAAAUGAUCAAAUGUUCCAAUGAACAAGAGCCGGCCAUGCUUCAAGCUGCGAUAACUGCCCUGGACGAGCAAAUGACUCUUGAGAAGUUUGAACCAGCUCCCCCUGCAUCUUGUCCGACGAUAAGCUGCACAGUAAACACUACCGUGCAACAAUUCACGACUUGUAAAGAUGGUUGUGUAAAUGACUCUAUUGGUUAUGUUGCGGUUCUCAACCGUAUAAACUACUUCUUCCCCAUCGCUAAUGUGACCUUUUCAAAUGCAUUUAUUGAAUGUUGCAAAGCUGGUAUGAAACUUGGAUCGCUAACUCGGUUGGAGGUAAACACGCUAGUGAUUAAUAGCGAGCUGUAUCCACUUCCGGAUUAUUCGUGGACAGCCGCGAGUAUGAUCAACAGCAGCGGAAAUCCACGGUGGUGCUCUUCAACAGCGCCUUUUUCCACCCUAGGAUUUGACAAUGUUUCAAUAUCAGAUGCUCCUCACGCAAUCGCAGUCUUUUUUCAGUGCGAUGUUAACGGCACUUGCGUAAAUGACAUCAAGAGCUUUGACCCGGCGACUCUUCUCCGACCCUUUUGCUUUCCUCUCUAGAUUUCGAAUGUUUAAAAUAUUAAUAAAGAUUCCAUAAUUGGUGUUGAUUUAAAA